GCGAAGUGCAUGCGGGGUCUCUGGCAAGUCGCAUAGCAGAAGAUAUUUUUUGGUUCUCGUGGGAACGAAAACCUCUCUUUCACUCUCUACUCUCUAGCAUAGCAUCUGUUUGAAAGUAGAAAUCCGAAUUAUUUCGUGGUUGAGGUCGUGCCAGAGGUUUGAUCGACGUCAAAACUCGUCUUUGUCAAAGACUGUUGCUAUUCUUCCGGCGUAAGAUGACCCGUCAGCCGGAACGAGUCCGUGAGUCUGACUUCGAUUACUAUGAACGCGUGUAUUACAAAGACUUGAAGAAUGAUUACUAUAAAUUCAAAAUCUCCAAGUCAUCAUAUAGAUGUCCCUUUUGCAUGGAUCAGCAGGAUUACUCAUUGAAUGAGCUUUUGAAACAUGCAUCAAAAUUUGUCGAGGAACCACGGAGCAUGAGGAUAAAAGAUGUGGCAAAGCAUUCUGCCCUUCAAUUAUACAUUGAAAGGUACCUCGGUCUCAAUGAUAGAUCAGAGAAAAAUGUUAGUGACAGAUCAGGAAAAGUUGUAGGUAAUAGGUCAGAAAGAUUUGUCAGGGAUAGUGCAGGGGUAGUUGUCAAUGAUAAUUCACAAAAGGUUGUUAGUGAUAGAUAUGGAAAAGUUGUGAGUAAUAAUAGAUCAGAAAAAAUUGUCAAUGAUAGAUCAAUAGUAGUUGUCAAUGACGAUUCAAAAAAAGUUUGCAAAGAUCAAUUAUUUGUCUGGCCUUGGAUGGCCGUUGUUGCAAACAUUGCCACUGAAUUUAAAGACGGAAAGCGCAUUGGAGAAAGUGGUGCCAAUCUACGGGAUGAGUUUACUCUGAAAGGAUUUCAUCCUUUGAGAGUUCAUCCAUUAUGGAACCGUAAUGGACAUUCGGGCUAUGCCAUUGUGGAGUUCUCCAAAGAUUGGGAGGGUUUCACCAACGCGAUGAACUUUGAAAGGAAUUUUGAGACUGAACAUUGUGGUAAGAGGGAUUACUACAACUCAAGACACCGAGGGGAUAGACUGUAUGGAUGGGUAGCCCGCGAUGAUGACUAUAACUCCAAGUGUGUAAUUGGUGAUUACCUUCGUAGGACUGGGGAUUUGCAAACUGUUUCUGGAAAACAAGCAGAGGAAAAAAGGAAGACAUCACUGCUUGUCUCAGAUUUAGCUAAGACCUUGAAAGUGAAGAAUGAGAAUUUGGAACAGGUAUGUAGCAAAUAUGAUGAUAUCAGUGUGUCCCUGAACAGAGUUAUGGAUGAGAAAGAAGCAAUGAUUGAAUCAUAUAAUAAUGAAAUAAAAAAGAUGCAGCAAGAUAGCCGGAAAGAAUGGAAGAAAUUUUAUAUGGAUCAUGAAAAGGCCAGAUUGGAUCUGCGUGCUCAGAGGAAAAUACUAGAGGACCGUGAAAAGGAUCUUCUAAGAUGUCGAGUGCAGAAUGAGAAUGAGAGAAAAAGACUAUACCGUGAAAGGAAAAAUAAUGAGAUGGCAAUAAUGGAGCAAAACAAGUCUGAUGAGAAAGUGAUGCAUUUGGCAGAAGAACACCAGAAAGAAAAGGAGGAACUGAAUAAGAAAAUUCUUGAACUACAAGGCAAACUUGAUGCCAAACAAACAUUGGAGUUGGAUAUUCAACAAUUGAAAGGACAUCUUCAAGUAAUGGAACACAUGGAAGAGGAUGAUGAUGUGGAGAAAAAAAAAUUGGAUGCAAUAAAAUUGGAUCUACUAGAUAAGGAGGAGGAAUUAGAAGGACUGGAAGCACUUCAACAAGCUCUUGUUGUCAAGGAACGUAGAACCAAUGAUGAGUUGCAAGAUGCUCGCAAGGAGUUAAUACGUUGGCUGGGGAAGACCAAAACUCGGGCUUUUAUUGGUGUGAAAAGAAUGGGAGAGUUAGAUGGAAUGCCCUUUCUCAGAGCAGCUAAGAGAAAAUUUUCUGAUGAUGAAGUGAAUUUGAAAGCAGUGGAGUCGUGCUCACUGUACGAGGCUCAUGUUGGAGAUCCAAGCUGGUUUCCAUUUAAAGUGAUAACAGACAAGGAAGGGAAGGCCAAGGAAAUUUUAGAUGAAGAAGAUGAGAAACUGAAAACUUUGAAGGAUGAGUUUGGUGAAGAGGUCUUUGGAGCAGUGGCUACAGCUCUGAUGGAGUUGAAUGAGUACAAUGCUAGUGGUAGAUAUGCAAUACCGGAGCUGUGGAAUUUUAAGGAAGGAAGGAAGGCUUCGUUAAAAGAAGGUGUUUCACAUUUACUCAAGCAAUGGAAACUGUCAAAACGUAGGAGAGGUUGAGGAUUCGUUUGUGUGGUUGGAAGUAGGACUGUUUCAAAACUUAAAUUUCUGGUUCUUGUUCUAACGAGGCUAUUGUUGUCGUUUUUGUCGUGACGAAAUUGGAUUUAGUUCAACUCUAUAAUAUUAAAGGAUGGAUGGGUAUAGUUACAUGCACUGAUACCAUGUUAUACAUUUUUCUUCCUUGUGAUCGGGUUUUUACAUUUGCCUGGGCACAUUUUACUCUAGAAUUUAUUUGAAAUCGUAUUAGACCGUGGAAU